CCUUUCACCUUUAUCCUGUAAGACAUGUCAAAGUUCAACUUGUAUAGAGGGAGGGAAAACGUGCUGCAUGCUGCAAUCUGCAGAAAAUCUUACGUUCCUGCAAAUGUAAGAAGUUUCUAAGAUGGCAGAACAGCUCGAGAGCCUGGCGUCACCAUUGAACACUAUUCAGGAGAAAUGGAAGUUGUUGCCAGCCUUUCUGAAGGUAAAGGGACUGGUGAAACAACACAUCGACUCCUUCAACUACUUCAUCAAUGUGGAAAUUAAGAAGAUUAUGAAAGCCAAUGAGAAGAUUGUGAGUGAUGCAGACCCCAACUUCUACUUAAAGUAUCUGAACAUCUAUGUAGGAAUGCCAGAUGUGGAGGAAGGCUUCAACAUCACCAAGCCUAUCGCACCGCACGAGUGUCGAUUGCGGGAUAUGACGUACUCUGCACCAAUCACAGUGGACAUUGAAUACACCAGGGGCAACCAGCGAGUUGUGAGAAAUAACCUACCGAUCGGAAGAAUGCCCAUCAUGCUGCGCAGCUCCAACUGUGUACUGACCGGGAAGUCCCCCUCGGAGCUGGCCAAACUCAAGGAGUGUCCACUGGACCCAGGGGGGUACUUCCUAGUCAAGGGGGUGGAGAAGGUCAUCCUGAUCCAGGAGCAGUUGUCCAAGAACCGCAUGAUUGUGGAAACUGACCGGAAGGGCCUCAUCAGCUGUUCAGUCACCAGUUCCACCCAUGAGCGUAAGACAAAGACGUACGUUGUUCAGAAGAAUGCCAAGUACUUCCUGAAACACAACACUUUCACUGAAGACAUUCCCAUUGCUAUUGCAUUCAAAGCCAUGGGUGUGGAGAGUGACCAGGAGAUAGUCCAGCUGAUCGGUACUGAUGCCCGCACCAUGGCAGCUGUGGCACCCAGUCUGGAGGAGUGUCAUAAGGCACAAGUCUUCACUCAGAAACAGGCUCUCCGGUUCAUUGGUGUGAAAGUUCGGCGCUCUCGGUGGGGAGGUCCCAAGAGGACCCGGGUGGAGGAGGCGAGGGAGGUCCUACACUCCACCAUCCUCGCACAUGUGCCGGUUGUGAAGUUUAACUUCAGACUGAAGUGUGUGUACCUGGCCCUGAUGGUGAGGCGAGUUGUGCAGGCACAAGCCCAGGACAGAGUGGAUGACCGAGACUACUACGGUAACAAACGUCUGGAGCUGGCAGGACAGCUUCUAGCUUUGUUGUUUGAAGAUCUAUUCAAGAAGUUCAAUGCAGAGCUGAAGAAGAUAGCCGACCAGACCAUCCCCAAGCCUCGUGCAGCCCAGUUUGACAUUGUGAAACACAUGAGACAAGACCAGAUCACUAACGGUCUCGUCAACGCCAUAUCAACGGGAAACUGGACAGUGAAGCGGUUUAAGAUGGACCGUGCAGGUGUGACCCAGGUCUUGUCUCGCCUGUCCUUCAUCUCAGCACUGGGCAUGAUGACCAGGAUAUCCAGUCAGUUUGAGAAGACCCGUAAAGUGAGCGGUCCACGUUCCCUCCAGCCGUCCCAGUGGGGCAUGUUGUGUCCAUCGGAUACUCCAGAAGGAGAGGCAUGUGGACUUGUGAAGAACCUUGCCCUGAUGACCCACAUCACGACUGACUCUGAAGAACAACCCAUCCAGAGACUGGCCUUUAACCUGGGUGUAGAGGAUGUUCACCUGUUGUCAGGAGAGGAGCUGAACUCCCAGGACUCCUACCUGGUGAUGCUGAAUGGUAACAUCCUGGGGGUGAUCUGUGACCACCAGCACCUCAUCAGGUCCUUCCGCAAGAUGAGGAGAGCCGGCUACAUCAACGAGUUCGUCUCCAUCUGUCCCAACCACGAGCACAGAUGUGUCAACAUCGCCUCGGACGCGGGCAGGGUGUGUCGACCCUACAUCAUUGUGACCAAUGGCAGGCCUAUGGUGACUAACAGGCACAUUGAAGAGCUGACCAAAGGAUACAGGGCAUUUGAAGACUUCUUGCGUGAGGGACUGGUGGAAUAUUUGGAUGUUAAUGAAGAAAAUGACUGUAACAUCACGUUAUAUGAGGCAGACAUCACUCGCGACACGACCCAUCUGGAGAUAGAACCCUUCACCAUCCUGGGUGUGUGUGCAGGGCUCAUCCCCUACCCACAUCAUAACCAGUCACCCAGGAACACCUACCAGUGUGCCAUGGGGAAACAAGCAAUGGGUGCCAUUGGGUACAACCAACAUAACAGGAUCGACACACUGCUGUACCUGUUAGUGUUCCCACAGAGACCCAUGGUCAAGACUAAGACGAUUGAGUUGAUAGACUACGAGAAGUUACCAGCGGGUCAGAAUGCCACAGUGGCUGUUAUGAGCUACAGUGGGUAUGAUAUAGAAGAUGCUCUUAUUCUCAACAAGUCAUCAGUGGACAGAGGCUUUGGUCGCUGCUUAGUGUAUCGAAAACAGAACUGCACGUUAAAGCGAUAUUCCAACCAGACGUUUGACCGUGUUAUGGGCCCCAUGGUGGACGCUGCGACCAGGAAACCCAUCUGGAGACACGAGAUACUGGAUGUGGACGGGAUAUGUGCGCCAGGGGAACGGGUACAGAACAAACAAGUGUUGGUAAACAAGUCCAUGCCCAAACAAACGAUGAACCCUGUGCAAACUCCUGGUCAGCAGCCUGAGUACCAGGAUGUACCCAUCACGUACAAGGGGCCGGUGGACUCGUAUGUGGAGACUGUCCUGGUGUCGUCCAACCAGGAGGAAGCCUUCCUCAUCAAGAUGUUACUGAGACAAACCCGCAGGCCUGAGAUAGGAGACAAGUUCAGCAGCAGACAUGGGCAGAAAGGUGUGUGUGGCUUGAUAGUGAACCAGGAGGACAUGCCAUUUACUGAUCAGGGAAUCUGCCCAGACAUUAUCAUGAAUCCCCAUGGCUUCCCUUCCCGUAUGACUGUGGGAAAGCUGAUGGAACUGCUGGCAGGCAAGGCUGGGGUGCUGGAGGGAAAGUUCCACUAUGGUACAGCAUUUGGUGGCAGUAAGGUAAAGGAUGUGUGUGAAGAGCUGGUUCAACAUGGCUUCAACUACCAGGGCAAGGACUACCUCACCUCAGGCAUUACUGGGGAACCACUGAACGCCUACAUCUACACAGGCCCAGUGUACUACCAGAAACUCAAGCACAUGGUGCUGGACAAGAUCCACGCUCGAGCCAAAGGGCCACGCGCCGUGCUGACCAGACAACCCACCGAGGGGAGGUCAAGGGACGGAGGUCUGCGACUUGGUGAAAUGGAGCGAGACUGUCUGAUUGGGUAUGGUGCCAGCAUGCUCCUUCUGGAGAGACUGAUGAUCUCCAGCGACCAGUUUGAGGUGGAUGUGUGCGGGGAGUGUGGCCUGCUGGGAUACUCGGGGUGGUGCCAGUACUGUAAGUCGUCCCGUAACGUGUCCAGUCUGAAGAUGCCCUACGCCUGCAAACUGCUGUUCCAGGAGCUCCAGUCUAUGAACAUAGCUCCUCGAUUGAAACUGGUCAAGUACAACGAGUAAAGACUCACAUCCGUACAGCCUAUCGUGACACACUUAACCAUUUCUCAGAUCAAGGGUCAAUGACUUUCAUGGCUGUAUGUGAAGAGGAUACACGAAUUUCGACCCAUACAAACUGCUUGGGGGAUUUUGUGCACAAACUGUCUAUGUCAUCACAAAUGACCGCAGAUAACAGAACGCAUUUGAACGACAUUCCCCCAAACCCAUUACUUACAACUCACCUCCUUCCCCAUCCUUCACUUAAUGUGCUCAGAUUGUGCAGUUCAUUCAGCUUUCAUCAUGCCACUCUUGCUGUUGCUUUGGAAAUAUUGUGUUGAAUCCAACAAAUUUUAGACAGCCAACUGCAUUUGACAAGCUGCAAAUGCUAAAUCAGCAGCUAGUUUAUCCCAAUUGUAGUAAUUGUAAUUUACCUUGUUUCUUUCUGGCUGAAAAAUUGUUGAACAUGUUCUAUUAUCUACGGGUCUAUGCACCAUGAUAUAGACAGUGAGGAAAGUCCUAUUACAAAAGCAGUUUGAGCAUUUUGAAUUGUUUAUUUGACAUGUAGACAUCAUCAUCACUCACAUAUCUGAUGCUGUGCUGAGUUCCACAGCUGUGGAUGUGUAUGUACUGUGCUUAUGGAGUCUUCCAUCCAUACUCUUCAGAUGUACCUGACACAAACCCAGUCUACAGCGGUGUUGUUCAAUCAAGAGCCACCCUAAACCAUCUCUUGUUUUAUAUCGUGCCAGGCUAUCAUGGAUAUACAAUGUAUAUUUUUCGUACAUGUAUAUUAAAACAUAUGUAGGCCCCGGUGGCCUGGUCUAAAAUCCCAGACUUGUGCUAUAAUUUUCUUUAUUUCUAUUCUUCGUAAGAAGUUGGCCAAAAACUUGAAAGGUUUAAAAGUUUGAAUGGUUUAAAAGAAUUGAAAUCAUGGUACAAAUGUAACAGAGUCACAAUCUGAAGUAUAGGAUGGAAUAUCAGUGUUUGACUGCAAUGUGAGGAAAUUGUUAUUCUCUGUUGAUAUGAUAAUGUAUUUGGCAGUAUAUCAAGGUCUUGGAUAUACAAAACAUGCCUUUGAUAUACAGCAGAUAACAACAAUUAUGUUUGAAUAUCCAGCUUCACUUUUUAUGAACCAACUGUGGGUGACAUUGAGUCUGGACCUGAGAAUAUCAUUGCAAUAAAGCAACUGUUCUUGGAA